AUGACUGCACCCAAUAACAACAACAACCACAACAACCUCCAUCAUUCGUCAAGCAGCAAAGACGCAUCCUCCUCUCCUCAUCCUUCUUCUUCUUGUUGCGAUUAUUACUUUUGCUCUUACCAUGGUGUGAGACAUGCCAAAAGCCAUCCUCAUCAUGGCGUUACUUCUCUCCACAACAAGUCCACUACGAACCAAAUAGAGGUCAUUCAUUCUGCCUCCGAAACAAACUCCUCGUUCAACACGAACCUCAGCAAUAACCACAAUGGAUGGAUGGUACACUCGUUUUUUUCCAACAAUGGUUCUAACUGCGGUUGCUCGUUUUCUUCCCACUCCACAGAAGAUGGUUCUUCUCAGAACAUUCCAAGCCACAACAACAACAACAACAACCAUCACUCGUUGUUCAAUGAUCAAUAUCUUUCAUUCUCACCCUCUAUUUCUUAUUCCAUCCCUCCUCGCUUGUUCCAGAGCCAUCCUCAUCUCCAUAAUAAUAAUAACACCAUCCCCAACACUCCUCCUCAUCAUCGCCAUCAUUGGCCAGAGAACCAAUAUUCAAUGAUCAGUCCAAGACACUACUUUGGAUUUCCAAUGUGCAACGAGCACCACAUUCCCAUCAACACCUACUGUAGAACUUGUGAGAAACUCAUUUGUUCAGUUUGUGCCUUGGUCAAGUCACAUACCGGACACAUGUUUGAUUUAAUUCAAGAGGUGGAGUCGAGAGAACGUCAAGAAAUUCAAGAGAAUUUACAAGUGAUUAAGCAAGAAAUUGAACAUUGGGAGGAUGAAUUUCAAACAUCAGAAUCUGACUUAGAAAAGACCAUCACCCGAAUUGAUGAAAUGCAACUGAAACUCUCAAAUAAGGUUCAAUCGGUGGUGGAUGAAUUGAAAAAGAAGUUGGAUGAACACUCGAGAAUUAUCAAAAACAACAUCGAGGAAGUUUGUGAGGAGCAAAAAAACGUCGUUCAUUCCAUCAAGAAUCUGAAAAAACAAAUCACUGACCUUCUUUCAGAAUUUGACCAUUUAGAGGAAAUGAGUGGUUUUGAUUUGAUUGAGAAAAAAUUGUCACGUGUUAGCUCUAUAUAUGCAUUGUGUGAACGAAUGAAAAAAGAAUUUCCAUACGAAUCUACUAGACAAUUGUACGAUAUGAAAAUUGACAUUGAUCCACAAAGUGUGAAAGCUGCUUGCGAACAAAUUGAACAACUCUCUCACAUUGUUAAAAUUGAACCCAUGUGUAUGAAUGAACAUUCCAAUGUUCCAGAUUCAAUGGAAGAAGAAAAAAAACAAACCCUCAUAUCCAUGAAACAGCCACUCUCCUUAUUGUCCAUUAAGGAUGGACGCUUUAACUAUGAAUCAGUGGAAUUUAUUGGAAAUGCGUCAAAAGGAGCCUUUUCGAAGGUUCCUCUCAAAUGUCCAACCGAUGUGGCCAUUUCAUAUCUUCACUCAUGCAUUGUGGUGAGCGAAUGGGGUCAACAACAAAUUCACCUAUUUGAUUUAUUUUCAAAACAACACAAAUAUGUCUUUUCCAUGCCCUCUGCCCCCAGAAAUUUAGCUGUCGAUCCAAACAUUACUCAGUAUCUAUCUAUUGUAGUUUCUGCCUCAGACAAUCUCGUGUACAAGUAUAAUAUCGUCAUACCUCAUGUUUCUCCUGUCUCGGCGUCAAACCUUUCAACAAUGAACCACCACAUACCAACCAUCUUGAGUAAGGAUCGAAAAACUGCCACCAACUACGACCACAUGUUGGUUUGGAUCUCUGGAAAGCAGAUGUACUCUCCUUCGGAGUCACACAAGUUAUUCAAGUAUCCAAGAGGAAUUGCUGUCGAGAAAGCCAUUCGAAACCUCUCCAAUAAUUAUGAGAUUUAUGUGUGCGAUCAUGGAAAUCAUCGAAUCAUUGUUUUGAAUUCUGUGGAUGGAUCUUUUUUAAGAACUAUUGGAGGAAGCUCUUUAUACGUUCACAUGAAUGACUCUACAAUAUCUUUCUCUCGGGAUGCGUCUUUGACCUUAUCUUUGGACGAUUUAUCAUCUUCGAACAAUGAUACGAAUGCAUCCAAUGUGCAAAAAUUUAAAAGACCUUGGGGCAUUACUAUUUACAAGAAUAAGUACUUGAUCAUUUCAGAGAAGCGAGGAAAUAGAAUUCAAGUUCUUACUAAAGAAGGAGAAUUCAUUGCCGAGUUUCCAUCUCGUCAAGAACAAGAAUUAAGUAUGAACAAUUCUGUUAAAAUUCUCAAACCUAGAGGUUUGUUAGUGGAUCCUUCCAAUAAGAACAAUGUGCUAAUUGUCGAUGGAGGAAAUCACAGACUUGUGAUGUGCGACAUUCGAACGGGGCAAGUCUUGUCAUUGUUCGGUAAUCUAGGUCAUGGUAUGAAUCAAUUCAAUGAGCCUCAUGGCAUUUGUCUGAAUGAAUUGACAGGAGAAAUAUAUGUAGCGGAUUGUAACAACCAUUGCAUUCAUGUUCUCGGCCCAAAGGUAUGA